GUUCCCGUUCCGGUCCGUGACCACAGAAUCCGGCGCAAACUCUCCUAUGUAUCAAUCUCAUCUGACCCCGACGCCUUGCCUGUUACACGUAGAAGAGGAUAUAAAAGGGCGUGUGCCUGGUGAUUCUUAGAGUGAUUAUUGAGCUAAAACAAACAAAGUUCUCUGCAUCGUAGAAGAAGUAAAGGUGUGAAGUUCUUCUAUUUGUUUGUCACUUUAUACCAUUAAUGAAAACAUGGUCGCAAGCAUCUCUUGCUUGGCCGCGGUGAUGGCGGUGGUUUUUGCGUCUAUUGGAGAAGGCAAGCCGUCGCCGCGAGCUCUCGAGAUAGGCAUCACCACAGAUGGUCUUCAAGAUAUCCUCCAAGGUGAAGCCUGCCCUCCUGUUUUUCAGUACAAAUCCCAUCAGCUGUGUGCUGGAGCCAGUUAUUUGUGUAACUCGGACGAUGAGUGUAGUCCUGGCGAGCGAUGCUGUCCGCAAGAAAACGAGUGUCCUCUAAAAUGCCGAAAAACUAUUAAAAAAAAGAGUUGCCCUAUUGAUAUAGCCUUUCUUCUCGAUGCAUCAGGAAGUAUAGGACGGCGGAGCUGGGAGGAAAUAAAAAAUUUCGUCAAGUCUAUCGUGGACAUGUGUGAUAUAUCAGACCAAGGCACCCAUGUCGGAAUCAUAACUUUCAGCACCGACCCAGUAAUCGAUAUCGCCUUCGACAAAUACAAAGGAGUAGAGAUGAACGCCGUCAAUAUCAAAAGAGAUAUCGACGAGCUAAGGCGGAAAAAAGGCUACACAUUCAUCGAUAAAGCGCUUACACUUGCCGAUAAAAGUCUUUUCACUCAGGAAGCAGGAAUGAGAGAGGACAGUCAGAAGGUAGCCGUUUUAAUGUCGGACGGAAUUCAGACCAAGGAUCGAGGACCGUUCACGCCUACCGACAUCGCCGCCAAUCCUCUUAAAAUGAAAGGAGUCCAGGUCUACACCGUGGGUAUUGGCGCUGAUGUCGACGUGUUUGAAUUAAUGGCGGUAGCAAGCGGUAUCACAAGUAUGUUUAGUGACCGGUAUUUGGACGACUUGAAAGCAGAGUUAGCCUACAUUUCCCACACAAAGUGUGCAGUCAAGUAGUAGUUUAAUGGUGAUUAGAGACCAGACUUAGCUACAUUGUACAAGCACAGUGUAGAGCAAGUAGCACAUUGGUCGUUACGUCACAGUUGCUCUGUAAAUAAACUGUCUACAAAUUGGUGGAGAAACACGGACAACUCGAAAUUAUCGGACAGCUCUAUAUUCCAAAUUAAACAACAAGUUGUAUUAUAGACAAGAUGAUAUACAUGAAAAGCUGCAUCAA